CAUUGAUGAGAUCGUGCUCGUGUCUGUGUAUAUAUCAGCCGCUCCAGCGAAGAGAGCAAGCCAGCAGAAGCUCAGAAACGCAUGGCCAUGGCUGCUGAACUCCUGCUCCCCUUCCUCUUCGCAUCGUCUCUUCUGUUUCUUUUCUUCGGUUUCCUCAAGUCCAGGCGAAGGCUCCCCCUGCCGCCAGGCCCUCCCAGCCUCCCCCUCAUCGGCCACAUGCACAUCAUGGACCAACUCACCCACACUGGCUUGGCCAGGCUUGCCGGAAAGUAUGGCGGCGUCAUGUAUCUGCGCCUGGGAUUCCUGCCGACUGUCGUCAUAUCGACGCCGGACGCCGCCAGGGAGGUCCUCAAGGAGCAGGACGGCAUCUUCUCCAACAGGCCGGCGACGCGGACGAUCCGGUACCUGAGCUACGACUGCGCGGACAUGGCAUUCGCCAACUACGGCCCCUUCUGGCGCCAGAUGCGCAAGGUGUGCGUGAUGAAGCUGUUCAGCCGGAAGCGGGCGGAGUCGUGGGCGUCGGCGAGAGACGAGAUCGAUGGGUUCAUGCGGACGCUGGCGGCCAAGGCCGGCAGCAGGGUGAACCUGGGGGAGCUGGUGUUCGCGCUCACCAGGAACAUAACGUUCAAGGCCGCGUUCGGGGCGGAGUUCGAGGACGACCAGAACGUGUUCAUAUCCAUCCUGCAGGAGUUUUCCAAGCUGUUCGGCGCGUUCAACAUCGCCGACUUCGUGCCGUGGCUGGAGCGGUUCGACUUGCAGGGGCUGAACACGCGGCUGGAGAAGGCCAGGGGCUCGCUGGACGGAUUCAUCGACCGGAUCAUUGACGACCACAUGGUGAAGACGGGGAGCAAAGCUGACCACCACUCCGACAUGGUGGACGAGCUUCUUGCCUUCCUCGGAGAUGUUGCCUCCGCCGGAGCAGGGGAUGCGCAGGAUGAAGCUGCCCUCUCUAUAAAGUUCACCAGAGAUAACAUCAAGGCCAUAAUCAUGGAUGUGAUGUUUGGUGGCACCGAGACGGUGGCGUCGGCGAUAGAAUGGGCCAUGGCUGAGCUCAUGCACAACCCCAGGGAGAUGCUCGAGCUGCAGGAGGAGUUGAGGAGGGAAGUGGGUCUGGAGCGCCAGGUCCAGGAGGGGGACAUAGAGAGGUUGGUACACCUCAAGAGGGUGCUCAAGGAAACCCUCCGUCUGCACCCACCCAUACCGGUGCUCCUGCACGAGACCACCGAAGAGACGAAGCUCAUGGGGUACCGGGUGCCGGUCCGGUGCCGGGUCAUGAUAAAUGCCUAUGCAAUCGGCCGGGACAAGAAGGCGUGGACGGACGCAAACAAGUUCAUACCGGACCGGUUCGCCGGCGAGGGCGUGCCGGAUUUCAAGGGGAACCACUUUGAGCUCAUCCCGUUCGGAUCGGGGCGGAGGUCCUGUCCCGGGAUGCAGCUGGGUCUGUACACGCUAGAGCUGGCCGUGGCCCAGAUGGUCCAUUCCUUCGACUGGAGCCUGCCCGACGAGAUGAAGGCGGAGGAGCUUGACAUGAGUGAUGCGUUCGGGCUGACCGCGCCCAGGGCGAAGCAGCUCGAGGCUGUGCCCACCCCGCGGCUGCUCUAUAGUCUUUGUUAACUCGUCCUCACUUGUGUCCGGCCGGUUCGCGUACUUCCGUCCUCCAAAUUUGAUGCAGCGAUCUCGGACAGAACGCUCUAAUUUAAACCAUGCUGCAGAUCGGAUCCAAAUUUUACGUUCCUCACAUCGGAAAUUGUGCUGAUGUACUCUCGGGGUUCCUUUUUUUUAAAAAUAUUUUUCUUUUAUGAAGCACUCGGAGAAAUAAAUAAGAUCGAAUGUAAAAAUAUGUCAAUAAAUGCCCAAAUUAUUGGUCAUUUUA